GAGCCGUGCGCAGCGGCGUGUGUGGGGCCGUGUGCAGACCCGCGUGUGGCGCAGGCAAGGACUCUCCUGGAAAUAAACAGCCACUACCGUGUGAGCCGCUUACUUGGGCCUGCCUCUCAGUCUCCGCCGCCGCGAGCCCUCUCCGACGCAGACGAUCUAACUGCAGCCAUGAGCAGCAAUGAGUGCUUCAAGUGUGGACGAUCUGGCCACUGGGCCCGGGAAUGCCCUACUGGUGGAGGCCGUGGUCGUGGAAUGAGAAGCCGUGGCAGAGGUGGUUUUACCUCGGAUAGAGGUUUCCAGUUUGUUUCCUCGUCUCUUCCAGACAUCUGUUAUCGCUGUGGUGAGUCUGGUCAUCUUGCCAAGGAUUGUGAUCUUCAGGAGGAUGAAGCCUGCUAUAACUGCGGUCGAGGUGGCCACAUUGCCAAGGACUGCAAGGAGCCUAAGAGAGAGCGAGAGCAAUGCUGCUACAACUGUGGCAAACCAGGCCAUCUGGCUCGUGACUGUGACCAUGCAGACGAGCAGAAGUGCUAUUCUUGUGGAGAAUUUGGACAUAUUCAAAAAGACUGCACCAAAGUGAAGUGCUAUAGGUGUGGUGAAACUGGUCAUGUAGCCAUCAACUGCAGCAAGACAAGUGAGGUCAACUGUUACCGCUGCGGCGAAUCAGGGCACCUUGCACGGGAAUGCACAAUUGAGGCCACGGCUUAAUUAUUUUCCUUUGUCGCCCCUCCUUUUUCUGAUUGAUGGUUGUAUUAUUUUUUCUGGAUCCUCUUCACUGGCCAAAGGUUGGCAGAUAGAGGCUACUCCCAGGCCAGUGAGCUUUACUUGCCAUGUAAAAGGAGGAAAGGGGUGGAAAAAAAAUCGACUUUCUGCAUUUAACUACAAAAAAAAAGUUUAUGUUUAGUUUGGUAGAGGUGUUAUGUAUAAUGCUUUGUUAAAGAACCCCCUUUCCAUGCCACUGGUGAAUAGGGAUUGAUGAAUGGGAAGAGUUGAAUCAGACCAGUAAGCCCGUUCUGGGUUUCUUGAAUAUGUUCCCAUACAGAGGGUAAAAACCAAUUCUGGAAGUGGCUGAGAGCUUCCAUAAAUAACUUUAAUUUUAGCAUAAUGAUGGCCUUGGAUUGUCUGACCUCAGUAGCUGUUAAAUAACAUCAAUUAACAUCUGUAUCAGGCCCUACAUAGAUCAUACAGUUGAGUGGGAGUAAACAAAAUAAAAAAAUAUGUGUGUUAAUGUCUGCGAGGAAAAUUGGGAUAAAAAUAGGAUAAAAGCCUAAACAGGAACAACUUAGCAUUGCUACUGGGUAUACAAAUGGUGAUGGCAAAGGUUUAGAACACAUUCGUUGCAAAGAUGAAAUCUAAAACCCAGAGUAAACAUCUAUGCUCAGAAUAAGUAUAAUUUGGAGCUAUUCAGGAAUUGCAGAGAAAUGCAUUUUCACAGAAAUCAAGAUGUUAUUUUUGUAUACUAUAUCACUUAGACAACUGUGUUUCAUUUGAUGUAAUCAGUUUUAAAUGUCAUGGAAAAAGCAACUGAAGUCCUAGAAAAUAGAAAUGUAAUUUUAAAAUAUCCAAUAAAGCUGGAGGAGGAAGGGGAGUUUGACUAAAGUUCUUUUUGUUUCAAAUUUUCAUUGAUGUAUAUAGUGCAAAAUGCCAAAUUAAAGAGGGGAAAGUGGAGUACUGAAAGUUGACAGUUUGGACUCUUCUUUUUGUAUUAACUCAGUUGUGUCUUCAGGUAAUGAAAAAUACCUAUUUUAAGGAAGCAGAGGGUUAGCUACUUCAUUAUCAGUUUUGCACAGAUAUAGAAGAUUUAAUUUUCUAUUCCAUUAUAACAAUGUCCUUUAGUUCUGUGUUCAUGCUGAAUAGUUAUAAUACCAUUACUGUGUUUCAGCAUUUUGUAUUUUUUCUGGGCUUCUGAAAUGUUGGAUUCCUUGUUGUUUUUUUAGGAUCUGAUCUAGAGUUGAGAUGGACUUUAGCAAUCAUUUAGUUCAAUGAAUUCACUUUAUAGAUGAGUUACUAGAAGUUUAAUUUGCUUGAAGGAGGUACAGCUACCUAAAACAUAGAACCUCAAGUAUCCUUCCCACCCUGUGUCUUCCAUUCUUUUUUUGUCCCUCCUCUAAACCAAAUACAAUUUGUGGCAUGUUUCCCCAACUUCAUUUUUCUCUUCACAAUGCCAUGUGGUUUAUUGGGUGUAUUGUAAAUUUUUCAUCCUUAUAGUAGAGUCUGGUCAAUUUUUGAUGGUAUAUUACUGCAGUGUUGAGAUGUCGGUGUAUCAGCUGUACUGUUCCUCUUCCAACUUUGUCAAAUUAAUAGUUCAAAGCAGGCAAGAAAGAAGUCAUAGCAAGGUUUAUCACUUUAUAAAUACAGGCUUAUAUGUUUCUUUUUCAUUUUAUAUUUUUACUUAGCACACUGUCCCAAAUGUUAACUAAACAUGUUAAAUAUGUUGGUAAUCUUGGUUUCUACAACAGUGUGAGAUGGCAUAAGAAAAGACCUAUUUUCAAAGGCAUCACCGUUAAAUGUAAUAUUCAUCAUCAGAGUUGGAGUGGUGGUGCAUGCACAUGGGACUAUUUUCUUCCAAGGUUUCUCGCCUCAAGUAGAAAAACAAAAUACAGCAAAUGAGAUAUUUAGAACUGCUUUGCUUCGCCCCUUUCUUGGGCCUGCAUUUGUAGUACCAUAGUGACACCCUUUGAUACACAUAAUUAAGGAUCUGUUUGUUCACAGCUGACUACAAAGUGUUCUUAGAUAAGAGCAUUUGUAUUGAUGUCAGUUACAGGGCACAACAUGAAAAUGUGUUUUGCAGGGAAAUCAACCUCAUUACUAGGAACCAAUGGAUAAGAAACCCAAAUAAUGAGCUUGAAGUGAAUUCUUCCAGGAGGUAUGGACUGCAAGGAAACCACUGCCCUGUGUUUCUCUUAAUUUUUGUUGAGAUUCUCAUUCCUGUAAGCUAGAUAAAAGAUAAGGAUUUUUCUUGCAACAUGGGUUGAGGGGGUGGAUGAAGGAAGAUAAAUAGAGGUAAUACAGUGAAUUUUGCAUUGUCUAAAGGGUAAGACUUACCUUGCUCUUAUAUCCCUGUUAAGUUUUGCUCCCUUUUUGCCUACUUCUAAAAUAGCUAUUUCUCUUUAGCACUUUGAAGAUUAAUUUACUGACUUAAAUGAGUAGAUCAAAAAGUCUUAAAUGGCCAGUUUUUCCAACCCAGGUCCGGUCAGGGUUUAUCGAUUGCAUUUGGUUAAAUUUAAUCUCUUAAUCUCUCCACCUCUGCCCACUUUUUCUUUUUGUAACCUUGAGGUUUUGAAGAAAAGUUUUCUUGAGUGUCCUGUAUUUACUGAUUGUUUUUUAGUGUCCUAUAUUUACUGAUUCUCUUUUUCUUCAGGUGUCGUUUAGUAUUUUCCUGGUCUAGAGGCUUGAUUAUCAUGUUUGGCUUGCAUUUGCUCUGACAAGAAUAUUUUAAAAGUGUGUAAUGUUGCAUUAUGUCAGUUUUACUGUUGAUACAGAACUUGAUCACUUAAAAUAUAUCAUUUUUUUGUUACAGUUACAGACAUUUCUCUUGAAAAUUUAGUAAUUGUCUCUUGGUACCCUUCACUUAAUGCUUUUAGCAUUAUCUGUUUAUGUUCAUAAACUUGUUACAUGAAAGGAAAGAAUGUAGUUCUGGUUUAGUAAAACCACAUUACACUGGGAGUUAUAUAGUGUACUUCCAUAGUUUUGACAUUCUUUAUAAAUACUGAAUAUCACCUAAAAAAAAGUAAGAAUAA